AUGUACGGUAACGUAGGUCUUUCCACACCUCGUGGAUCUGGAACGAACGGUUAUGUCGUUCGUAAUCUUUCAUAUAUCAAGACACGUAAAGACAAUGUUCAAUAUGAGUCAUUAGAUGAGAUCAAAUCCAAAUCCUCCUCACUCUUGAACCGUAAGCCGAAUAAAGAUAUUUUAAAGCAUGAGAAGAAGAGACAAAUUGAAAUUAAGUGUAUUGAUUUACGACAGCAACUUGAAGAGGAUGGACAAACUGAAGAAGAAAUUGAAGGACGAGUAAAUGCUUUUCGUAAUGCAUUGCUUUCGGCGGUCGAUGUUAUUAAAGAUGACAAAAGCAUACAAGAACAUCAAGUACAUCAACUUAGCCAGGCAAAGGCUGUUGAAAAUGAAAAGAUGAUGAAAGCCUUAGGUAUUAAAUCAAAUAAUUAUGUGGAAGGUGCUUCUUUUGAUCGUGAAUUACAGGCACAAAAAAAGCUUGAACGUGCUACACAAAGAGAGAAAGAAAUAGAAGAACGUCAAAAAAGGAAAGAAGUAGAAGAACGUCAAAAAAGGAAAGAAGUAGAAGAACGUCAAAAAAGAAAAGAAGUUGAAGAACGUCAAAAAAGGAAAGAAGUAGAUGAACGUCAAAAAAGGAAAGAAGUAGAUGAACGUCAAAAAAGGAAAGAAGUAGAUGAACGUCAAAAAAGGAAAGAAGUAGAUGAACGUCAAAAAAGAAAAGCGGAACGUGAUCAAGAGAUUAGAGACCAUGAAAAAAAACAUAGAAAGAGGUCUAAAUUGAAGGAUUGA